AUGCCGGGCUUGAUCCGGAAACUACUCAUUUUCGCGGCUGUAGACGGCCUUAUCCUCCAGCCAUAUGGGAAUGGCUCGCGACAUAACGGCGGCAAUAAUGACUCUUCAUCGAUCCGCAUCGAGUACAAGACGAGCAAGAUCUCCUCAUUUCCAGCAUCGGCGUUGUCGGAUGAGAUUGAGGAGAAGCAGCAGGAUGCUGGGUUGGAGGCCUAUGGAUUAGUUGGCCUCUUAUCCGUCCCACCGUACUCAUUCCUCAUCCCGAUCACUCAACGGCAACAAGUCGCCCAGAUACAAGGGAACCCGAUCUAUGCUGUUACCAAUAUCGCCCUGAUUCCCACGUCAUCACGCGCAGAUGCCAUCCGUGCAAUUGCACAAGCCAAGGAACACCUUCUGAAGGAUGGAGCCAGUGACCUCGAGACCGACGAUGACGACGAUGGCAGCAGUAUAGCAGACACCGACACGGAUGCAGGUGAGAUGGAUAUUAGCAGUACGGUGCCGGACUUGGAUUCUCAUCAUAUCGCGGGAUCUUCAUCUCAUGCACGAGGUCGGAGUAUCACAAGUAUCGCGGAAGAUGUGCUUGGGAAGAACGUGCGGUUUGGGAGGUUCGCGGCGAGUUGGUUAUCUAGGAAGACUUUGGGAUUACCCGGGUUUGGAACGGUGGAUCGGGAUACAACAGAGAUGUUACUGGGGAAGGACAGUCAUUCUGUCAAGGAUGCUCCGGAGGGUCAAUCCGUGGCCGGUAAGGAAGCGAAACCCGAGGAAGAAAACGUUUUAGAUGAGAAAGAGCAAAUACCAUUGCCAGAAGGCGGGGUGCUGGCAUCGUCUGACCACACAAUUGAGUUGCUGCCCAAGUUGCUGCGCUACGUGAAGCUUCUGUUUGCUUCUUCGCAGAACUUCUUUUUCUCGUAUGAUUAUGAUAUUACACGGCAUAUUGGUGCUCAGGAGCCGCGCAAUGGUCAUCGUCCGUUGCAUACGGUUGUUGACCCACUGUACUUCUGGAACAAGCACCUCAUUUCCCCAUUUAUAGGCAUUGAUGCCCAUAACUAUGUCUUGCCGUUGAUUCAGGGAUUCGUCGGCCAGCGAGAAUUCACAGUAGCAGCCAACGAACCCCCAUCCCCGGAAACGGAGGACGGGACAGAGCGCACGGAAGGUCAGAUCUUGGGUAACAAGGAGGAAACCAAAGAGCUAAAGCCUGACGCCCAUAAACGGGACUUCCUUCUUACUCUGAUUUCUCGUCGAUCAAUCAAACGGCCUGGUCUGCGGUAUUUACGCCGUGGUGUCGACGACGACGGAAACACUGCCAAUACCGUGGAGACAGAGCAAAUUCUCUCCGUUCCUGAUUGGAAUGCUUCCAGGAAUAUCUAUACAUAUCUUCAAGUGCGCGGGUCUAUUCCGCUGUAUUUCUCCCAGUCGCCGUAUGCGUUCAAGCCGGUGCCGGUCCUUCAUCAUUCGACACAGACGAAUCAAGUCGCUUUCGAAAGACAUUUCCGUGAUAUGAGUAGACGAUAUGGGAAGGUUCAGGCAGUUUCGCUCAUUGAUAAACAGGCUGGAGAGUUGAAAGUUGGCGAGCAAUAUGAAAAAUAUGCCCAGUGCUUGAAUGAGUCCGGGGGGAUUGAUGGUAUGCCCCUUGGCUUGGAGUGGUUUGACUUCCACCAUGAAUGCCGUGGAAUGAAGUUUGAGAAUGUGAGUCGUCUUGUACAACGACUGGACACAACUCUGGAUGAAUUCAACUAUGCUGUCGUCCAGGAUAACCAGAUCCGCCAGGGGCAGGCAGGCAUUAUCCGGACAAAUUGCAUGGAUUGUCUGGAUCGUACAGGUGUUGCGCAAUCUGCCUUUGGCCAAUGGGCACUAGAGGGUCAAUUGAAGAAAGAAGGCAUCGACGUGGAUCUAGGUGGUCACUCAGCAUCGCAAUGGUUUAAUACACUCUGGGCAGAUAACGGAGAUGCCAUCUCAAAACAAUACUCGUCCACCGCAGCCCUGAAGGGUGACUAUACACGGACCCGGAAACGGGAUUACCGCGGUGCACUAAACGACCUCGGCCUGACGCUAUUCCGAUACUUCAACAACAUCGUCAACGAUUACUUCUCGCAGGCCUGCAUUGACUACCUCCUAGGCAAUGUAUCGACCCAGGUCUUCCCCGAAUUUGCCAUGGAAAUGCAAACCGCAGACCCAGGUAUCUCAAUGCAAAAGCUGCGCCAGAACGCCAUCGACACAAGCUGCAAGAUCGUCAUUAGCGAACAAUCCGAGGAGUUCCUCGGUGGGUGGACAAUGCUCACGCCCCGACAACCGAAUACACUACGAACGCUGCCGUUUGAGGAAUCAGUAAUGCUUCUCACUGACGCAGCGGUUUAUAACUGCCGCUUCGACUGGGACACCGACAAAGUAACUUCAUUCGAGCGAAUCGGCCUAGAGUCUAUAUCCCGCAUCAACUACGGCACGUAUAUUACCUCCGUUCUGACAGAUAGCCAAGCCGACGAGCGCAGCAAUAUCGGUCUGGUAAUUGUCUAUCAUGAGGGAGACGAUAGUGCGAAUAUCCGUCGCGUGAAUACUAGAACUGUUCAGACUCAGGUUGAUCCGAGCAUAGUCGAACCACCUCCUCCCGCCGCCGCUGCGAUUGGUAAUGACGAAUGGGACCUAGCGUCCUGGUUUACGGGAAACAAACAACCAGUUACCUGUUUUUUGGCAUUCAAGGCCCUCCCGCUCCAUAAUUCUGUGACGGAGAGUAUAGCCGCGAGACGGGGGUCCGCGACUGUUAGCGAAACUGACUGGGUACGGUGUAUCUGUGAGGAGAUCGAGCGCGCUACAGGAGCUAGGAAACCUAGUGGUCAACAGCAGAAACAGAAAGAGGAAGGAGAAGAAAGGCAGCUAGUCGAGAAAACAGAUAUCGUCUCAUUGGAAGAGGCAAAGAAGCGGACUGGAAUUCUGGAGCAUUUGAUUUACGACUUGAAGAAGUUUGUUUGGGCUUAG